CACCCAGUUGGACGCAUGCACCCUAUCCGACCAGUCAUAAAAUGUUCGAGGCGUUGCAAAUCUGUCUGGACCAUGCGGUACAACCGGCCUGUUUUUCUCGCUAACCCUUUCGAUUUAGUCUUUUUUGAGGUCUAUGGAUGUCAGAUGAAUCACAGUGAUACGCAGAUUGCCCGAUCAAUUCUACAACAGGCUGGAUUUCGGGAAGCUCCGUCGGUCGAGAAGGCAAACACGGUUCUGUUGAUGACAUGCGCGAUUCGGGAAAGUGCUGAACUGAAAAUUUGGAAACGUCUUCACCAUUUGCGUCUCCUAUCCAAUAGGCACAAUCUUCAUUUGAGAAUAGGUAUUCUUGGUUGCAUGGCUGAACGUCUCAAAGAGCGUCUUCUCACUCAAUCUCUCACUGACCCCGAUAAUCCGGUCAAUUUUGUUUGUGGACCUGACGCCUAUCGUAACUUGCCCCAGUUGAUACAGGAUGCACAUGCUGGGCAGUGCGGGGCCAGUGUGACACUGUCAUUGGAAGAGACUUAUGCCGAUAUCACUCCGGUCAGUAAAGAGAAAUACUUGGACGUCGCACUGAUUUCCGUGAUGCGUGGAUGUGACAACAUGUGCACUUAUUGUAUCGUCCCGUUUGUUCGCGGUCGGGAACGAAGUAGACCUCUGCGAUCCAUCGUAGAUGAAGCGAGACAAUUGGUCGACGAGGGUGUAAAAGAGGUCACUUUGCUCGGUCAGAAUGUGAAUAGCUAUUGCGAUCGAUCAGCUGAUACUGUACCGCUUACACAAGCCGUUUCGGCCACACUCAGUCCCGGAUUUCGUACAGUCUAUCGACCGAAACAGGGCGGCUGGCGUUUUGUCGAUUUGUUGGAUGAAGUGAGCCGAAUCAGUCCGGAAUUGCGUGUUCGAUUCACGUCACCUCAUCCGAAAGAUUUCCCGGUGUUGCAACUGAUCGGCGAAAGAGCCAACAUUUGUUCUCACCUGCAUUUGCCAGCACAAUCGGGUAGCCGGACAGUCUUGGAGCGCAUGGGACGGGGUUAUAGUCCUGAGGCCUAUCUGAAUUUGGUGCACACUGUCCGUCAGAUAAUUCCUGGUAAGUUUCUCCGCAGACGGGUUGACUGCUGUAGGAGCCAUGUUCGGUGUGUUUUCCGCCUUCAAAGUGCAAAAUGUUGGUUUAUCCUAGCCCCAAACCUCACUCGGACUGGAGAAGUAGUGGGACAAAUUUUGCUAUUUUCGGCAGCUUAA